AUGUCCGAAUGCGAAGAAGCGACAGAUAGGGAGCUCGCAAUCGAUCGCCGUCGACACCAACGAUGGGUUUUAAUUACUAUGAUAGGACUUAGAUUUGUGACAGUCCUGCCAAUAGCCGUCAUCUCUUCAUUCUUCCCACAGGAAGUCGAAAGAUGGCGACCAGUCAGUGAAGCAAGUCUGUAUAUGGACAUCAUCACUGGUGUCUUUGGUUCAACUGCUAUUUUAGGCUCGAUUGCUAGCUCUCAGUGGGUGAUCAAUGAUAUAGGAACUCGACACCUUUUGUGUCUGACAGUUUUUCUUUUGGGAAUGUCCACGAUACUAUUUGGAUGCUUGGAUUACACGAAUAGCUGGCCUGGAUUCAUUAGUUUGUCUGUCAUUAUUCGAUUGGUGCAGGGAUUCGCUUACGGAUUGACUGAUGUGAUUGUGUAUGGCCUGGGAACUGCUGCGUCGUCGGAACAAAUGGGGCUUGCCUCUGGGUUGCUCGAGUUGAGUUUUGCUAUUGGAGGUGCUAGUGGUCCUGCGAUUGGAGGUAUUCUCCACAAAGUUGGUGGGUUUGGCUUACCUCUUUUUUGUGACUGGUGGAGUGACGUUGGGUUAUAUGAUGGUAGUGGUCAGUCUCUUGUCUUCGUCAGAUAA